AUGCUACAACCAACCGUCAUGAAUUUCAUCAUUGUGACAGUCGCCUGGUCUAUUGCCGGCACUCUAGCACUGAAGGCAUCCAUCACCAAAGCCAUGGAUGCCUAUAUUGCGGCUCACCCUAUCCCUACUCUCUCAGUGGGAUCUACGCAGAGUGUCAAGGCCACCAGCAACCGGACCAGUGUGUUGCAGGGUGACUGGGCCUCUGGGCUCUCUAAUACAACCCGCAGUCGCUGCCCAGACAGCUGCAGCAUUCUUGGCCUGGAUCCCACAGGAUGGCCGGUCUACCACAGCGUGGAUCGUCUGGGCUGGUGCAACCAAACAAUGCUUCUCAACUUUGCCCUCUUUAAUUCGCUUGAUGACCCCAAGACCCAUGCUAGUAUUGCAGCUUGUGUGGCAGACCUCUCCGAUGACUCCGAGGUCACGACCAACUCAACCGCCGUUGGUAACGCAUCCUGUUUGCCAGAAAAGAAUGCAAAUAAAACCACCAACGUGACUGGAUCAUUGCAACUGUCCUCGUCUGCCUCCAUCCAAUCUGGUAAUGCUUCUGCAGUGAUCGCUGCCCUGAAUGAGCUGCAUGCACUCUCCCUCCUUUGUGAGGACGGAUGCAACGAGACCAUCCAGUUUGCCUUGUCGGGUCAGGCAGUUGUUGGCGUCUAUUCCGGCUCCGGGUUCGCGGGCCAGUCCGUCCUAUCGUCUGUUCUGGAGCAACUGGUCGACCGCGUGCAGAGCAACGGCAUAGGCAGCGAACUCGUGGUCCAGCUCUGCGACUUGCAUCAACGAGCUUCUCGGUACUCCUUGGGAGUCAUAGCUCACAUGGGGUCGGACUUUGCUUCGGUACAGCAAGCCGUCCAGGCAUGGAAGAACAACAGCUGUGUUACCACCACUGCUGACCAGACAGUCGAGAGCUGGAAGAACGUGACCUUCCUGGCUCCAGUUAUGCCACGGAACUCGACCAAUGGCACUUCCAUGGCCACUCAAUCCCCAUGUCUCUCGCAGUUGAAUACUCGUGAUACCUGCACCACAGUCCAGGUCGUGUAUGGCGAUACGUGCACAUCCUUAGCGUCCGAGUGUGGCAUCACCGGCACUGAAUUUGAAGAUUAUAAUACUGCCGAUGAUCUGUGCUCUUCGUUAACUGUUGGAGAAUACUUGUGCUGCUCUGAGGGAACACUUCCUGAUUAUUCACCUCAGCCUGAUGACGACGAUAACUGUUAUGUCUAUCUGGUGCAGACUGGAGACACCUGCGACUCUAUUGCCGCAGCCUAUGAUACCACCACAGCUAAAAUUGAGAGCUACAACAACGACACCUGGGGCUGGAUGGGCUGCAGUGACUUGCUGGUGGGCAACAACAUCUGUCUUAGCUCUGGCUGGCCGCCCAUGCCUACUGUCAUUACCAACGCAGUCUGUGGUCCGCAGGUAAAUGGCACCCCAACGGCACCUCAUGGUACGAACCUUAGUACGCUGAACGAGUGUCCUCUCAAUGCUUGUUGUGAUAUCUGGGGCCAAUGUGGCACCACCGCCGAAUUCUGCACCAUCUCGCAGUCCUCGACUGGCGCUCCAGGUACAGCUGCGCCAGGUCAGAAUGGGUGUAUUUCCAACUGCGGCACGGAUAUUGUCCUCACCGGUUACCCCUCGGACAUCUACUCAAUUGCCUACUUCGAAGGCUUUGACUGGUCGCGCCCGUGCCUGACCAUGUCCGUGAGCGAGAUCGAUACCAGUUCCUACACGCAUAUCCAUUUUGCGUUCGCCACCAUUAGCACUGACUACACGCUGAAUAUCAGCUCCAUUGAGGCGCAGCUCCCCUUCUUCACUGCUUUGAGCGGGGUCAAACGCGUCCUGAGUGUCGGUGGAUGGGACUUUUCCACCAGCCCAGACACCUAUAUGAUCUUCCGGGACGCGGUCACGUCUACCAACCGGGCCACGCUGAUUCAGAGUGUUGUCGAUGUCUUGGAGAAGUAUGACUUAGAUGGGAUCGAUUGGGAUUGGGAGUAUCCGGACGAGCCAGAUAUCCCCGGCAUUCCUGCCGGCACUGCGGCAGACAGCACCAACUAUUUCGUCACGCUAGGGCUGCUCAUGGCCGCUCUAGAUGGAACGGGCAGGACAAUCUCCGUCACUGCACCAGCGUCUUUCUGGUACCUCCAGAACUUCCCCAUCCAGGCGAUCAGUGAUGUGGUGGACUACAUCGUGUACAUGACCUACGAUCUCCACGGACAAUGGGAUUAUGGCAAUGCAUAUGCGGAUCCUGGGUGCUCGGGGGGCAACUGUCUACGCUCGCACGUUAAUCUGACUGAAACAAUCAACUCGCUGUCGAUGAUCACCAAGGCUGGAGUGUCAAACACCCAGAUUGUCGUUGGAGUGGCCAGUUACGGCCGGUCCUUCAAGAUGACUACUUCCGGUUGCUGGACGGAGAUGUGUACCUAUACGGGACCAGAUUCAGGCGCCCUGCCUGGCAUAUGCACCGAGACGGCUGGCUACAUUGCCGAUGCUGAACUGGAGACUAUCAUUGCGGAGAACCCCACGGCGGAGGUCCACUGGGAUACUGACUCGUUCAGCAACAUUCUCGUUUACAAUGACACGGAGUGGGUGAGCUACAUGAAUGACUCAAACAAAGCCAUCCGCAUCCUCCUGUAUGAACUCUACGGGUUCCUAGGAACAGCCGAUUGGGCUGUUGACGUGCAGUCCGAGGGGGGCAGUUCGUCGUCCUCUUCCUCGGAUGAUAACACCACCUCGAUGGCCUACAUCGGUCCAACCGUCUGGAGCGAAGCUACUCUGGUCGUGACAGGUAUGCCAGGUGAGACGUUGGUCUGGCCCCCUCUGCAACUGUCCGGCACCACCACGAUUAGUUUUCCACUUUGGACCACGGUGUUGUCGUUUUCUACUCUGUCGACCAGCACUUAUACGGACUCGGAUGGCUCGACAUCGACUGAUCUUGUAUACGACACCCUGACCAUUCCGACUGUCAUUACUGUUCCCCCAGUGACGACGACUGCAAUUCCCGUCUGGAACAUCAUUCUUCCAACUGAUGCCACUGACGGUGACAUUGAGCUGACCAGCUCUGUGCAGCCGCUUACAUUCACCAUUAUAAUUACUCCGGUUUGGGACGGUACCACAUCCAUUGCUGAGCCUACCAGCACAACACAGAACUCCACCAUCGUUGCAUGGCACAGUACCACAUACGUCAUUCCACCUGUCACGGAAACAGUAGGCUCCAGUACUACCAUCACAGGUGGCACCACGGGAACCCCAGUCCCUAUCAUCAUCACCCCGCAUCCCUAUCCCACAGACGUGACUUCAACCCCCGACCCGGAUCUCAACACAAAAUCAACCUCAUGGACAUCGGGCACCCCUGCGUCACCGUCCUGCGGCACUGGCGAAAUUUGUGGUAUCCCAUGCCUGCUAUGGUGCUACUCUGGCUGCCCCUUGUGUCCUCCAGGCCUCUUCGGCAGCACCAGCAGCGGCGGAAGCUCCAGUGGUGAUGAUUCAAGCGAUGAUUCCUCUAGCUCCUCCUCCUCUUCCUCUUCCACAGCAACCACUUCCACAGCAACCUACACAGCAGCGGGCUUCCACCUCGGAGAAGCCGAUAUCUUCCCGACCAGCGUAGACGACUACAGCAGCUUCGCGGCCUCCUCUUCGGCCUACCAGUCCGCCUACGACAGCCAGUUUUCCAGCACCACAACCAAGUCAACCACCACCAAAGCAACAACCACAACAACCGAGUCCACCAAGAGCACCACCUCAACAGCCUCAACGUCAACCGCAACAUCCACCUCCACAACUAGGAAGUGGGUCUCUUUUUACCUCAUGGAGGAGUAUACCGGCAUCUCCUGGAUCUUUGAGAGGAUGGUCAUCGACAGCAUUGGCGGGGUGGAGUACGACCCGUGCGAGGUGAGCCCUGAUGCCGAGGUCACCGCGGACACUGUCGCCCCGAAUCCGGACUUCCCGGACAGUGAUAUCGGCCCGUUCGAGGCGCAUGGGGUCCCCGGAUGCCAGUACACUGCAGGCAAGGAUAAUACCGUGGGGACGUUGACCUGUCCCGGUGUGGAUGGAAUUGCGUGUGCGAAGGAUAGUGAUUAUGGGGAGCUGUUUGAGUGUGAUGGGCCGGUUAUGGUUUAUGUGAUGGCUUGUUUUAGGGAUUCGUGA